AUGUAAUAUAUUUUUUUAUUGAUCAGCCUGAGUGCUAUAUUUUGUGGUCCACCAUCUGAUCUUGUAGAUCCUUUUUAAUACGAGUACUUUAAGAUUCCUUAUAAUAAAACUAUGUAUUCAGGAUAUUUGGAACCUGAAGAUAUUCCUGAUCAUCAUUUUCAUUACAUUUUUUACCCAAAUGAUAAAAGUGAUCUUCCAGUAAUAUUAUGGUUAAAUGGUGGACCAGGAUGUUCAUCUCUUACAGGAGCAAUGAUUGAAAAUGGUCCAUUUGUAUUCAUAGGAGGAACCCCAAUUUUUGAGGAAAAUAAAUAUUCUUGGGGAAAAUUUGCUCAUAUGCUUUAUGUAGAGACUCCUGUUGGCGUAGGGUUUUCAUAUAAAAAUGAUGGAAAUACAACUACAAGUGAUGAUGUCACAGCAUAAAAUAAUUAUUAUAUGUUAUUAGCCUUUUAUCGUAAAUUCCCAGAAUAUAAAAAUAAUGAAUUAUAUAUCGCUGGUGAAUCUUAUGCUGGAACUUACAUUCCCACAUUAGUGAAUAAGAUUAUCGAUAAUAGUCAAUCGAAUAUCCGAAUUAGAGGAAUGAUGAUUGGAAAUGGAUGUACAGAUGCUUCUGAAUGCACAAAAGAGGCAAAAUACUUUCCAUAUUACAAAUUUUAAUUUCUUGCAAAUCACAAUUUUAUUAGUCAAAAACUCGAAGAAUAUAUUGAAAUUCAUAAAGCAAAAUGUCAAUUCAAUAAAGAAUAGUUUUGUUAAGAUCUAUAUCAAGACAUUUUGACAGAAACCAAUUUAGAUGGAACUUAUGAAUACAAUCCAUAUAAUAUUUAUGGAACUUGUUUCUAACCUCCAGUGGAAACACCUCAAGGGGAAAGAAUUCCAUAUGCUAAAAAUAAAUUCGAUCCCUUUGAUAUAAUAUAAGGGCACAUUCCCCCAUGUUCAGAUGCUGUUGGAUUAUAUCAUUAUCUACGUGAUGAUGAAUUUAGAAAAUAUUUAAAUAUUCAUCCUUAAAGUGAUUAAUGGGCCAAAUGUCAAUCUCUCAAUUACACAAAAGAUCCCAGGGCUACUUAUCAUUUGUAUCCAAAAAUAAUGGCUAAAGGAAUCAAAAUACUCAAAUUUAGUGGUGAUGUCGACGGCGUAGUACCAAUAACAGGAACAAUAUAUUGGAUUGAAAAACUCUAAAAAGAAUUAAAUUUACCAACCAUUUAAUAAUGGAGACCAUGGUUCAAAUCAAACAAAUAAAAUGCUGGUAAUCUCUGGGAAAUUGAUGGUCUAUUAUUUGUGAGUGUUAGAAAUGCUGGACACAUGGUACCUGCUGAUCAAAAAGAAGCUGCAUUCAUUAUGGCCCAUAAUUUCAUUUUUGAUGUACCAUUUUCUGAAGAAUGA